CAGAGGGCAAAAAGACAACAGUAGCAAGGGUCCACCGCAGGGGCGCGUGUCGCGCGUAUGGCGCUCGAGCGACCUCGAUGACCGCGUAGCCCAGAAAGGAAAGCGUUGGACCUGCAUGUGAGCGAGGACAAGCGUAGGGUUGAAAGCGCGUGCGCUCUGCGAACAAGGCAGUGCAGAGGCGGCUGGACGAGUCAUGUCACAUCAUCGAGCAAGGCUUCGUUCGGUGCCCGCCUUUGCAGGAUCGCGGUAAGCAGGCAUGCUUGCGUAGACUGACCGAGAGAAAGACCUCAUGGACAAGCGUCCAGAUGAUCCUCGCACGGCAAGCCACACCAUCGAGAUGGUCAAUGAACUCCGCAACGGCUUCAAGCAAGGUUCGCCGUGCGCACAGCAUACAAUGCAUCCCCUUGAUGAAUGCUACCGCAUCACAUCUCCCCACGCUAUCAGUUCAUCACUCACGACAACUUCACGGUACCCUCACAGGCCGCCCUUGCAGCUGAUGAUGCGGUGGCUGAGCGCGGUACAAUAUCCGACCGCGCGCACCUGGCUCGUGAUGUUCGUCGGUGCCAUCAUUCUGUCUCAAGUCCUAGAAGAUGUUGAGUGGCGCCAACGGUUCCUGGCCUAUGGUGACGGAUUGGGGGUCCAAGGCCAACGGUCGAAGGAAGUGAUGCGCACUUUCCAUCACAAGCGAUUGUGGGAGAGUACAAGAAGGCAAUUUCAGCUUGUCACUUGCUCUUCGUCCCCCUGCACCUCUCUUCUCGUCUUCUCAUUUUCCUCGACCGUACCUGUGAUAUCCUGUCUACCUUACCUUCUAACCAUUCUUCUUCUUUCGCAGCACACGUUGAUCGUGUGACUUGCCCGUUCUUACACGCACCCCCCUUCGAAAAGCGAGAGUGCUCCUUAUUUCUACAUCGCUUAACCUCAUCUGUUCGCGCUGUAUCUGCUCGUUCGUCCAUAGGCAUCGCUUCUGCCCAUCCGCUUGGCCUUUGGUGACUUUCAAUCUACCCAGAACAUCGCUACCAGCUUUCGCAAU